AUGUCGAUGACCAUCGAAGACUGCUCUGCUGUUCGACAGCCCCGACCCGUGCCGGACACGCCCACCAAUGUCCUCGAGCAACUUAGCAUGAAGGGCAAGGUGGUCGUCGUCACCGGCGCCAGCGAAGGUCUCGGCUACGCUGCCAUCGAAGCGUGCGCUGAAGCAGGCGCCGAUGUCGUCCUCUGGUACAACUCGAACGACGUUGCCAUCCAAAAGGCCGAGGAGCUCGCCAAAGCCCACUCGAUCCGCGCCAAAGCCUACCAGUGCGAAGUCUCUUCGGUCGACAAGGUGCGCUCCACCAUCGAUCAAGUUGUCUCUGACUUUGGCCGCAUCGACGUUUUUGUCGCCAAUGCCGGCAUGGCCAUUUCCAAACCCAUCCUCGAGCAGACCGUCGAGGAGUACAAGCGUCAGAUGGAGGUCAACGUCGACGGCGUCUUCUACUGUGCCAAGUACGUCGGCGAGGUCUUCAAGCGUCAGGGCAAGGGUAACCUCAUCAUCACCUCGAGCAUGUCUGCGCACAUUGUCAACGUGCCCGUCGACCAGCCGGUGUACAACUCGACCAAGGCGGCCGUCACGCACAUGGGCAAGUCGCUCGCGAGGGAGUGGAGGCACUUUGCUCGAGUCAACAUUGUCAGCCCGGGUUUCUUCGAUACUAAGCUCGGCGCCAGCCCGCGCUGCAUCAACGAGGCCUACCGCAUGUCCGCUCUCGGUCGACAGGGUCAUGUCAAGGAAAUCAAGGGUCUCUUCCUCUAUCUGGCCAGCGACGCUUCCUCGUACCAGACCGGAAGCGACACGCUCAUCGACGGCGGUUACACUCUGCCUUGA